AUGCAUGAGCAAAUUACUUCCUUCUUUCUCUGCAACAAAGCAGAGAAUGAAUCGUAUAAAAAAUUUCUCGAAAGGCAUGUGGACAAUCCCAAAACGGACCUUCAGAAUGACCACAACUACUGCAACCGAAUGAUGCGUCGCAAGGGCUUGAAAUGUCAACGGAGCAAUACCUUCAUCCACGCCAGCACUGAACGGCUGACCGCCAUCUGCAACUCCAGAGGAAAGAAACUGGAUGGCAACCAGACCAGCAAAACCCUGUUCCCGAUCACCAUCUGCAUCAAGAGUAACCACCACAAGACAAUUCUUUGCAAGUACCAAGGGAGAAGUGAGAUCAGGAAAAUCCGAGUCACUUGCUCUAAGGGCCUUCCAGUCCACUACAUUACCCAUACUUGA